AUGACGGCACUCCGACUAAAAACUAGCCUCAAACGCGGGAGGGGAAGUCUUGACGAAGAGGACGAUCUCGACGAUGGCGGUGUCCUCGUGAUGCUCACACCAAAGCCGAAGCGAGCGUCCAUAGAAGCCAUCAAUCUGGAAGAUGAGGACCGGAACAUCGUCACUAAUCACGAGAGCCUCUCGAUUCCCAGGGCGGCACCAAGCGCCCCAGCAUUCGACUAUCAAGUCUGCAUGGAGCCCCACAAGUCCUACAGCACCAAGACAUGCGACAAGUCCAAACUCCCGAAGUCGAUCCUUGAGGCCGCAGACAGACUAGGAGCAAAGUACAACAGUCUCAGCCACAGCAGCAUCAAUGGUUCGAGCUGGUCAUUCCAAGCACCUUCUGCUUGCCUGCGCGAGAAGCUGCGAAAGCAAAACACCUUUUGGCGUGAUGGUAAUAAUGAUUCCGUCGCUUGCCAGGACUGUGCUCGUGGAAGGAUGCCUUGCUUCAAAUGGACUAACGAGGGUAUCUUCUUGCUGGCUCUGCACAAGGAAGAUCGCGUUGAGCAUGUUGCAGCUGGCGCAAUCGUGGAAGCCAGGUGGGUCAACUAA